AGCAAGCCUUAUAACUUCCUAUCAACUAACUCAAUUGCUGGAGCACAUUCAUACAUAGCUCUUGAUUUCACAUUUUUGCCAGAAGUAGAAUGGAUAUAGUGAUGCGAUUGGGGUCAGAAAAGCCAGUGGUGAUCUUCAGCAAGAGCAACUGCGGCAUUUCCCACGCUAUUAAGAUGCUGAUAUGCGGUUUCGGGGCGAAUCCUACUGUUUAUGAGCUUGAUCAACAUCCAGUAGGAACGGAAAUGGAGAAUGCAUUGGUAGCAUUAGGAUGCUACCCAAGUGUACCUGCCGUUUUCAUAGGGAAGCAAUUUGUUGGUGGUUCCAACGAGGUUAUGGACCUCAAUGUCCAGGGUAAGUUGAAGCCAAUGCUUAUCAAGGCCAGGGCAAUAUGGAUGUGAUAAACACACGUAGAAUUUACCAUCUAAGCAAUUCAGCCUAGGUCUUCUGUCUCGUUUUAGCAUAUAUGGAGUCCUACCAGUUUUUUUUUUUAAAUUUUAGUUUAAACCCGUUUCGAGUCUUCGUCGAGUUAUAUCACAUCAAAGUUAUAUGUAUUACGUUCUUGUACUCUCAUUAUGAAAUAAUAAAAAUGUCUAGUGGGUCAUAUAUAUCAUGGUAA